CUGUAAUUGAAAAAGAGGCCUUGGUAUGGGUUUUUUUUUUCUCCCGGACGCCUUGAACUAAACCUCGACACUGAAAUGGGAAUUAAAAUGCUGUCCAAAAUAGUAUGAGACAAUGAACUAGGUGUUUAUCAACAUACCCUUGAAUCCUUUUGGGUUUAUAUUAAGACUUGUUGGAAUGCAUUGCAUGCCCUUGGUCAUAACCAAGACCUUGACUUACAAGUCAUUUUGACGUCAGAGGUGUUUUAUAUUUAACUAGUUAUAAUUAAUCAUUUGUGUUUGUAUAUGUACUCAUUAUGUUGACAUGAUUUGUGUUGUGAAAGAGAAUUUUAUGAGGGUAUACUACAGCUCGAACAAAAUCAAACCGGUAUUCAGUAAAAGAAAAGUUUUGUCCACAAACUUAGAAAGUGAAAAAUGACGGUUGUGAAGUUUUGAUAUGCACCUAGAAAUUUGGGCGACAAUUAUUGCCUAACUUUCCGAAACCGUAUGCGUGAACUGAUCCUUGAGAGGGUACUGGCUAUUAAGCGUGUCAUUGAUAAUAGUGAUGCAGUGUUUUUCAUCCUUGGGGGAGGAUUAACUGCUAUCGUAUGAAGCCAAGCAAGUAACUUUUUUUGUCCCAAAUGACGCCCGGUAAUUCUUCCCCAGUAGUAACGUUGAUGAUCACGAAUUGAUCAUUGUAGCGCACCGCACCCCAGUGACUAAACGUAUAACCUGAAUCAUGAUAAUUGUCUGGCCAAACCGAUAAUUGUUUUGUGAGAAAAAGUUCUGGAAAGAACUCGUGUGCUUGCAACUGGCUGUACUGGUCAGUGAAACCGCAAUCCAAGCUCUCCAACAACAAAACUUUUUCGUCAAGUUUUGAAAGGAUACGAUUCAGCCACAUGUACAUGUAUUCUUUUUUUCGCGGAUGCAGUUUUCCCCUGUGUGGUUAUAACUUCCCGAGAAUCGUGACGUCAUUUGACGCAAGCUCUCUUGUGAACAACCAUCCGCAGGAAACGCACAAAUAAGAAUGAAAUGCCAACUUUUCAAAAUCCUUUUUUAAAACUUCCCACAACUUGACCGAUUGGUGUCAUCAUUGGGCAACAUUAGUUGUGUACGAUUUUCCACAUGACAAAUUUGACUAAAGCCAACUGAAAAGGCAGAAGUACUGUGAUGUGAAGCGGGAAUAAGCUUUAUGUGCACAUGUGAUCCGUUAAAUAGUUCUUUCAAAUCGUUUAAUCAACCGGCGAUGAUUUAUCGCUUUCCGGUCCUUGAUUCCUGUGAAAUUGGUCAUACAUCACUCCUCACUAUGCAGUUUCCUGAUUGGGCUUGUUAAUUGAAUCGCGAUAAAUCAUUGGAGUGAGGUAGAUGGCAGUCGGGAUUGAAGGGUCGAGUGUGCAGGUAAAACUGGGAUUAUUUCGAGCAGCGCUAGGAAACUCGGAGACCGUUUACAUCUUCACAUGCAGCAUAAACGCUGUUGCAGCUUUGAGCAUCAACGCGCGCCGGUAUAGCGCUUCUUCACAAACCAACACAGACAUCAGAGUGUCCUCGUUCAUAAUAAGUACUGUUCCUUGUGAGUUCUUAUACGCUCUCGGCAAGUUGUCUGCUUUUUUCGCAAUAAUCCCGCUAUUUGACGCAACUCCUUGCCGAAGGGGGUAACUAGACUGCGAUUAUACAAAAAAGAACGAGGCUAGAAAAACAUGCGACUCAUAGACGAGUUACAGUCCAAAGUGGGAGAUUAUGUGACACUUCAAUGAGACUAAUUACUAACUUCUUGACACACAAAUUCAGAUAGCUUCCGGCCCAGUAGGGUGCACACUCUGUCCAAUCAUGAAUGGGCAAGAAACUAUUAUUGAAAACUUGAUGGCGCUGAUACGGUGCCUUUGUGGCUGUGACCGAGGCCAAAAAGUUGUAAAAUUGUCGAGAAUGACCUUAAAAGUUAAUCUUACUUCUUUCUUCAUUACAUUACAGUAAUCUUUCCAAAUUAACAGUAAUUCUACUCGAACAGAAUAGUGUUAAUCACUGUAAGUGGUGCUAGAAGUCAAUAGCUGAGAUUUUCAAGGACCAAACAUUAUGAGAUUUGGGGCCUUCUUAUGAAAAUACCGUUCGGUGACUGUUGACGAACUUCACACUGGUAUGGUAGAAGGGGAAGGUAUUUUUCAACACCCAAGGUCUGCCGGUGAUAAAGGGCAGAUCCUAAGGUCAGCUCUCGCUGUUCAAACACCUGUCAACAUUCAGCAUACAACAUCAGCCGGACCCCGUUCAGUCAGAUGUGCAUAAAUAGCGGGAUCGGCAGUGGACGUCAUCAGUACGGGCGUGUUGGAUUUCCGGACUUGGCGAUCUUUAUUAAACCCCGUGAAGUAGUUUGAAGACUUUUAGUCCUGUGGAUUUUUUUUUCUGCUUUUACGUAAACAACUUGGUAGUUUGAACUUGACGAAAUUGGAUCUAAAACCUCUUAUGGAUGAUAUUGGUUCUAACUGUGAAAUCUGCGUAUGUCGUCUGACGAAAUAAAUUGGGACCAAUUUUUGCGCUUCCACGGCAACCCGUAAUAAUACCAUUCCAAGUGGAUUACACACCGAUCACUCCCCACUGGAAACAAAAGUGCUCCUGACCACAUUGUCUUGUACACGCUGCUUCGUAGAAAAAUCCUGCAGUUUUACGUUACAAAAACACCAUCCGUCCAGUCGUUUCCUUCUGUUUAGUCUGACCACCUACACCAACUUCCUAGUUCGGUAACUUCCGUUCCUGUGAGCUGCUCAAAAGUACAAGCACAAAGUUCCUUGCUCAGUACAACGUGUACAUGAACAUACGAUUUUGUUUUCAUCUCGCGGACAUAAUUAUUCUAACGUGGAGUAUUAUUCGUCAAGGAUUCAGCUUGCUCGGCGCAAACAUGGAGCCAACCCUUCUCUUUCCGAAAUCGAAAUCAGAGUCGUCGUUAAAACUAUCAUCAGUACUUUUAUGUCUACUUGGCGCAUUUGUUUUCAUUGACGUAACUCACGCACGACCGUUGUGUGGAGGCAAGCCAAGUAAAUCUGACACUGAAGAUGCCACGUUUUCUCCGGGAGUGGAGGGCGGCGAGGCGCGCUUGGAGUCAUCCUCGAGGGGGCCAGAGGCGUUGGUUGACCAGGAGGAACCGCUGGAGAACAGGAGGAGCUCACCGGGGACCGAUGGAAGAAGGCCGUGGGAAAUAAACGAAGGUUUGUGCCCUCCACCACUGGCCCACCUGUGUACCAUCACUAUACCGGGACCAAGCGGUGGAACUCAACAGGCCUUCGUCACGCCAUUCUUCGAGGGAGAUAUCAUCUUAGAUCCAGGCACACGUCGCAAUCUCGGCCUGGCCAACAUGCUGCAGCGGGCCGAUAGUACGAUGCAGCGGCGGGCCAUGCGCAACCAUCGCACCCGUGCGCGGUCCGCUAGUGUGCGUACCACGCGGGCCGUGGUCAGGCCCACGGUCCAGCGCUGGCCGGACGGGAUCAUACCGUACAUCAUCAGUGAUGAUUUCGCCCCAGACACAGCCAAGUUGAUCCGAAACGCCUUGAGGCACUGGGAGAGACAAACCUGUCUAGAGUUCAGAGAGAAGAAAGCUAAAGACCAAGAUUAUCUCCACUUUGCUUAUUACCCUGGUUGUUGGUCGUAUGUUGGGAGGCAGGGAGGGGAGCAGAUCAUCUCUAUGGGGCCAGGCUGUGCCGUCUUUGGUACCAUUGUCCACGAGAUUGGCCAUGCCGUCGGCUUCUGGCACGAACAGAGCCGGCGCGAUCGUAAUAAGUACAUCAACAUCAUGUACAAGAACAUCGUACCGGGCACGGAAGAAAACUUUGGCCAGAUAGACCCUGCUAACGUCACCAGCCUGGGCUUCCCCUACGACUAUGAGAGCAUCAUGCACUACGCUUCCAACGCCUUCACGGCAAACGGCCAGCCUACCAUCAAGAUCAAAAAGAUUGGCAGGAAACUCGGGUUCCGCCUGGGUCAGCAGGGAGGGUUGAGCCCGCUGGACGUGGCACAGGUCCGGGCAAUGUACGGCUGUAACCAGAAGAAAAUGGCCCAGGAGACAACAGAAGAGUGUACAGUCAGCAAGCACGGUGACGGCCGAAAAUACAGAGGCACACGCGACUACACGGUGUCCGGGGCCACCUGCCAAAAGUGGAACUCGCAGUGGCCUCACAAGCAGGAAUACUGGAAGGAGGAACCGGCCAGGAACGAGAAACAAGGCCUAGGGGACCACAACUACUGCCGCAACCCCUCCGGCAAGAUGGAACGACCCUGGUGCUUCACCACGCUCAAGAAGACGCGGUGGGAGUACUGCGACGUCAAGAUUUGCGACAGGGAGACGUGAAGAAUUGUAGUGUGAAUCUUGAAUCAUGGUUUAGAUGCAGCUGGAGUGGUACUACAUACUGUACAGUACUUCGGGUGAAAUUGUUGACUUCUUUGAAAGUUUUAGAACACUGGAGAAAUUAAAAAGAAUUUGCAGAAAUGGGUUAGGGAGGUUGGAGGGUAACAUUUUCCCAUAGGUUUUAGAAAAACUUCUUUGAAAGUUUUAGAACACUGGAGAAAUUAAAAAGAAAUUAAUAAGAAUUUGCAGAAAUGGGCUAGGGAAGUUGGAGGGUAACACUUUCCCAUAGAUUUCAGAAAGAUUUAUGUAAAUUCGUUGCAUUGUUCUUAUACAUGUAUCUUGCAGAGUUUGUAGUCAAGUAUUAUCACAAGCCCAGUCUCGGGUAACAGGGGGUGAAGAAUAACUAAAGAAUGCUUUCGUCAAGUUGAUUGGCAAAGCUUGUGACAUGUCUGUAGGACUUACGUGCCAUGACUUGAGGCUACAAUUCUGACAUAUUAUGUAUAUUGUUCUUCUCUACUUCUUGUAUCAUGGUUGUGUUUGAUAUUUUGAUGUAUAAUGCGAUCAACAUUUUAAGAUGUAUUUAAUUGUUUGUGUUACAUGUAUUUCAUUUUGCUGCCAUAUCAGUUAACUUGCCGUUUUUAGUUUUUGAUCAGGACUGUAAUGAAUUAACACUUUGCAUUCAGAAUCAAAAUAAAAUAUGUACAGGAAUAUCAGAUAUUUCUCUUUUACAUUGCAUUAUAUAGAUAUUUAUUUUAAAAGAAAAAGGUGUUACAACAGCAUACCUGGAAAACCUUACAAGGUCAAUUCUUUUUUCCAAAUUUUGUAUGUACAUAAUAUCUACAUGAAUUAUCACUAGUUAUUUACAAAGCAUUUUUUGACGUUCUUUUUGUUAAGUUGCUGCCUUAGAUCUUAUUACUACAUGUAUUUAUUUUGUAACAUUAGUUUUCAUGUACACCUCAACUAUUAUUUAUAAUGAACUUUGUGAAAUAAUCUAGAAAACCAAUAAAUUAAUGUCAUAAUGUGCUUUCUGCACCGCC